UAAAUACUCCUUGACCAUCGGGUGCCGGGGAAGUCUUCUCAUGACUAUCCUUUAUUUAUUUCAUUUGUUCCACCGAGCUGUGGACUUUCUCUCACUCUUAAAAACUCAAACUCUCUACUUCUGAUUCCUAAUUCUGCUAAAAGUUGCAAAGAAAUGACAUCUCAGUUGCUUUUGCCACCAAACCCAUUCACCAGACCAGUCUCGGCUAAAGUUUUCCUUACAGAUGAUGACUUAACUCUGAAAAGAAAGUCAAACCAAGCAACAAGAGUUUCAAAUGGAUUUAGCUUAAGAGCAAAAGCAGCUUUAAGAUCUAAUCAUAGCUCAUCUGUUGAGAUUCCAAAUCAAUGGUACAAUCUUACUGCCGAUCUUUCUGUUAAGCCUCCACCACCCUUGCAUCCCAAGACUUUGGAACCAAUCAAACCCGAAGAUUUAUCUCAUCUUUUCCCUAAUGAGUUAAUCAAACAAGAAGCAACGUUAGAGAGGUUUAUCGACAUCCCUGAAGAAGUUCUUGAAAUCUAUAAGCUCUGGCGUCCAACUCCUCUAAUCAGAGCAAAGAGAUUGGAGAAGCUUCUUCAGACACCUGCAAGGAUUUACUUCAAGUAUGAAGGUAGUAGCCCAGCUGGUUCACACAAACCUAACACAGCGGUUCCUCAGGCUUAUUACAAUGCGAAAGAAGGUGUCAAGAACGUUGUGACUGAAACCGGCGCUGGCCAAUGGGGCAGUUCUUUAGCCUUUGCCUCUAGUCUAUUUGGACUUGACUGCGAAGUGUGGCAAGUGGCCAAUUCAUACCAUCAAAAGCCAUACCGCCGGUUAAUGAUGCAAACGUGGGGAGCAAAGGUUCAUCCAUCUCCGUCUGAUCUCACUGAGGCGGGUAGAAAAAUCCUUGAAUCCGACCCAUCAAGCCCGGGAAGUUUAGGCAUUGCGAUCUCAGAAGCUGUUGAGGUUGCAGCUAGAAACGAGGAUACAAAGUACUGUUUAGGAAGUGUACUGAACCAUGUGUUGUUACACCAGACGGUUAUUGGAGAAGAAUGCAUAAAGCAGAUGGAAGAUUUUGGUGAAACGCCUGAUGUGAUCAUAGGAUGUACCGGUGGAGGUUCAAAUUUUGCUGGUUUGAGUUUUCCUUUUAUCCGGGAGAAAAUCAAAGGCAAUAUCAGCCCUGUUAUAAGAGCUGUUGAGCCAUCUGCUUGUCCUUCCUUGACCAAAGGAGUUUAUGCUUAUGAUUUUGGAGAUACAGCUGGACUGACUCCUUUGAUGAAGAUGCAUACUUUAGGACAUGACUUCAUUCCUGAUCCUAUCCAUGCCGGUGGAUUACGGUAUCAUGGGAUGGCACCCUUGAUCUCACAUGUUUAUGAACAAGGUUUCAUGGAAGCAAUCUCAAUUCCUCAAAUCGAAUGUUUCCAAGGUGCCAUUGAGUUUGCAAGAGCGGAAGGGAUAAUACCAGCGCCGGAACCAACUCACGCCAUUGCAGCAACCAUAAGAGAAGCUCUCCGAUGCAAAGAAACAGGAGAAGCAAAAGUGAUACUAAUGGCGAUGUGUGGUCAUGGCCACUUUGACCUUUCCUCUUAUGACAAGUAUCUAAAAGGCGAAUUGGUGGAUUUAUCAUUCAGUGAAGACAAGAUACGAGAGUCUUUGUCCAAGGUUCCUCAUGUUGUUUAGCUCCAAAUCCCCAUAUUUUGAACCAGGCAUGUGAAAUAAGGUAGAGCAUCUUUAUCAAAAAAAAAAAGGAAUAAGUUAGGGCAUUCCCAUGGCUUUUGAAUAAAGAGUGAGAGAGUGGUAGCGACUUCAAAAAUGGACACAAUGUCUCACAGAUCAUUUAAAGACAGUUUCAAUAAUACCGUAUUUAGUUUUCUGUUCCAAAA